AUGAGUCUCUUUUGUGAAUCCCAAGAAGAAAGAGAGCAACAUUUACUCAUUUGGAUGGCAGAUAUAAAACAAGAACUUAUAGAUCAUGCAAUCGAAAAAUCAACUUUUUAUGGGUUUGAUUUUGAUAACGAAAUUCCUCGCACUAAUAAGGACCAAAGAUAUCAGUGGGAGGGGUUUUAUUCUAAUUCCUCGUCGAAGCUACGGGAAUCGAUACUUUCAGAGCCUGAAUCAACAAGAUCUACAAUAGCUACACUGCAGAAUAGCAUUUUUGAAAUUCAGGAUAUCGCUGAUUUAGACUUUCGCAUCUCUAUAGACGCUGAUCUUAUGAAAGAUACUUAA